GCAGCGCACAUGAUGACGUCACAAACUUGUUUCGGCAUGCUGAGCUCGCGCGGUUUUUUUGCAGCUUCAUAAAAGUUAAAACAAUUUCAUAUUUUCAACUGCGAGCAUACUCUUUCUGGGAGAGCUAAAGAUUUAUUACGGUAGCACAUUUCAGGUUUUAUUUCGCUUUUCACAAGCAAUCUUUGAGAGUUUGCCAUGGCAACAGAUGGUGAAGAGGAUGUAGCUAUUGGUUGGGAGUGGGAGGGGGACAAGCAAGUCUGGACGGCUUUCUCGGCCGAGCACAACGACGCGAUCAACGACGCCCAUCGCAACGGAAAGAAGAGCGUGAAGCUGACGGCUAACGACUGUAAGAUUGAAGUGAAACUAAAUGAGAUGGUUCAGCGCAACUGCAAGACGGGAUGGGAGCGUAGGAUUCGUGGUGGCAUAAAGGACCAGACUGGAGAUUUUUUUGUUUGGCAGUGGCAGGACGAAAAGAACAGGUGGAACGCCUACAACGUGUCAAAUUGCACGGAGAUUGAAGAGGCCCAUCAAGGGUCCUGUGACAGCGUUGACUUGGUCAUAGCCCAACGAGCCUACACGAUGGAUCUGAAUGCCAUGGAACAGGUCAACCAGACCACUAAAGUGAAACGAAAAGUCCAGCGAUUACAAAUAGAUUACAAAGUGCCACCAUCGGAACAGCCCACCAAAGCUCCGUCAAGGAAGAGGGCCCAGUCUAGUACAGCCAGUAAGCCCUCUACAAGCAAAGCUUCCACUGUGAAGGCGGAGCCUGUGGAUAAAGAGGAGGAGGAGGAAGUCAAACCAGCCAAGUCUGCCAGGAAGGGGAAGAGUCAGGGACCAGGCCAAGAUGUCAAAACUGUUCGGAUCGCCACCGGCCACAAGGUACCAGUUGACAGUGAAUGUUACCAGAUGCAUGGAAAGGCACACGUGUUCAUCGACGGAGACGACAUCUAUGACGCAAUGCUCAAUCAGACCAAUCUGAAGAACAACAACAAUAAAUAUUACAUCAUCCAGCUGCUGGAGGAAAAUACUAAGAAAAUAUACUCCGUUUGGUUCCGCUGGGGACGAGUUGGAAAAGCCGGUCAGAACUCCAUGGUAGCCUGCGGUCAUGACCUGACGGAAGCUAAGAGCGUGUUUGAGAAGAAAUUCUACGACAAGACGAGGAACGAGUGGUCAUUUAGAGACAGCUUUGAGAAGGUUUCUGGGAAGUAUGACAUCCUGAAGAUGGACUACUCGGUUGAUGACAAGGGCAAAGGAGACGAACCUGACGCGGGAAAGGUGAAGAAAGAGAAAGUGGCUUCCAAACUGGACAAGAAGGUUCAAGAUCUGAUCCAGCUUAUCUGCAACAUCCAAGCUAUGGAGGACAUGGUGGUAGAGAUGAAGUAUGACGCACAGAAGGCGCCGUUGGGCAAGCUGACGCAGGAUCAGAUCAAGGCCGGCUACUCCGCACUCAAGAAGAUUGAACAGUGCAUCAACAGCAAGACGGUGGGCGACAAACUCAUCAAGGCUUGCGAUGAGUUCUACACCAGAAUCCCACACAACUUUGGAAUGCGACGGCCACCAGUUAUCAAAACGAAGGAGGAGCUGAAAGCAAAGAUAGCAUUGCUAGAGGCUCUGGGUGAUAUUCAGAUUGCCAUGACGAUACUUCAAGAUAUUGGGGACGUGACAGAAAACCCCAUCGACAGCCAGUACCAUUCCCUCAAAUGCGCGAUGAAGCCUGUAGAUAAAUCACAUUCAGAUUUCAAGAUGAUUGAGCGCUAUGUCCAACAGACGCACGCCAAGACUCACAAUCAGUACAAGAUGGCAGUCAAGGACAUCUACGAUUUGGAGAAGGAGGGUGAAGCAGCAAGCUUCAACGAUGUCGGAAACAAGAUGUUACUGUGGCACGGAUCUCGUCUAACAAACUGGGCUGGUAUCCUGGGUCAAGGUCUGCGUAUUGCACCACCCGAAGCACCGGUUACCGGUUACAUGUUCGGUAAGGGCGUCUACUUUGCCGACAUGUCGUCCAAGUCUGCCAACUACUGCUUCGCUACCAGGUCAAAGAAUGACGGACUGCUGAUGCUAUGCCAGGUUGCACUCGGGAAUUGCAAUGAUCUCCUAGCAGCUGAUUACAGUGCAGAUAAGCUACCUCCAGGCAAACAAAGCGUCAGAGGUCUGGGAAAGAUAGCACCAAAUGCGAGCUCCAACCAUACAAUGGCGGACGGCACCGUCGUUCCCGUAGGCAAGGGAACAGACACUGGAGUGGUCAACCCUAAGGGCUACACCCUCAACUACAAUGAGUUCAUCGUCUACAACACCAACCAGAUCCGAAUGCGCUACUUGGUCCACAUCAAGUUCAACUUCAACUAAGCAGAAAGUAGUGUUCAAUUGUACGUCAUGCUGCAGAUUAUAGUUACCUGCGUCUUUUCAUUUCAGUGCUAAAAAGGGCCCAAUUUUUCUGAGCUGUCAAGCAGAUAUUGUUCUGUAAAUUUAUGUGCUUGACAAAAAUCAUAGGGGAACCAUGGAUUGACAACUUACAUGACUUGAACUGUAGGUCGUUAACUCGUUUCUAAUUGUUUCCAUCGUUAAGACUAUUCUGUGCUCAUAUAAUAAAAUGAAAUCGGUCGCAUCUAUUCGGCAGGCAAAUCAUUUCUGAGAAAAAAAAAAGGCUCUCCUGGAUUUUUUUCAAUUGGUGAAUCUGUAAUAAGUUAAUUUCUAAAGAUAUUUGAAAUUGCCACUCUUCAUUGCCGUCUGCUCGUAGUUCCCUAGUAUGCUGGUAUAAGAUGGCAUUGAGCAGUGAACUUCCGUCAAUCGUGUUGCUGGAGCGCCCUCUUGUGUUUGAAAAAAAAAUUAUACCCUGAUAUGGCUCCCAGUAUUGUUUGGGUUUUUAUCCAUUUUUCUGUUGUAAAUAGAGGAAGUUAGCUUUAUGUACUUUUAUUACUCAUGAGAUGAGAUUGUUUAAAAAAAACAAGAGAAUUGACUAACUAGUCAUAAUCAAUGGUAAAGCUAUCUGACGAACCUUUCAGACAAAAGCCUCACCGUGCAAGUCUCUAAACGGCAUACUUGUUGCAAGUUAGUAAAAUGUUAUGGUCACAGACCAUAAUAAAUAUCCAGUUUAACCUCGUUCUUUGAGACAUCAAGCUUCUGAAUCUGAAAUUUGGACAGCUAGAAGUUUCCAGGGAUAUAAUCUGCUGCCUAAUCUUUAAAAGUUAACUUAAGUUAAAUGUUUGGUUUGUGUCAACUGCUUAAAAUUUGUCAGAAUAAUCCAUGAUUAUUGUACUUCUUUCAUAUAUAUCCAAGAUAUAUCCAAGUUGAUUGAGUUAUAUAGAGGAUAAAGCAUUUCACCAUGUACAUUGAUUAAACUUGUAAAUAUGGAUGAUCUUUUGACAAAAUAGUGUAAUUUUACUUGAUAGUUUUGAUAAACAAUUUUCUCAGUGUUGAAAUUGUUAAAAUGCCGAGCAGAUAAACUCAGAUGUUAUCUUUAAUUGCACAAAAUUAAAGAUUUGUUUUUCAUCAAAAAAAAAAAAUAAACAUGGAAUUCAUAUAAUAAAACUUUUCUUAACUGAAAUUGUAAGAACAUGUAUUCAGACAUUUUUCUUGGAGUAGUUAAAAUUGUCUACUACUUUAAUGAAUAAAAGCAAAAACAGCCAUUU